AGAAAGAAGAUAUAAUGUGGGCGAUCGUGGUCGGGUUGGCGACGUUGGCAGUUGCUUAUUACAUCCAUUGGAUCAACAAAUGGAAGGAUUCUAAAUUCAACGGCGUUCUGCCGCCGGGCACCAUGGGGUUGCCCCUCGUCGGAGAGACGCUUCAGUUGGCUCGACCCAGUGACUCUCUUGAUGUUCACCCUUUCAUCAAGAAGAAAGUUAAAAGAUAUGGACCAAUCUUCAAGACAUGUUUGGCGGGAAGGCCGGUGGUGGUUUCAACUGACGCAGAGUUCAACAAUUACAUAAUGCUUCAAGAAGGAAGAGCUGUAGAAAUGUGGUAUUUGGACACACUCUCCAAAUUCUUCGGACUUGACACUGAAUGGCUCAAAGCUCUUGGCUUCAUCCACAAGUACAUUAGAAGCAUCACUCUCAACCACUUCGGUGCCGAGUCGCUCCGCGAGCGUUUCCUACCUCGGAUCGAAGAAUCCGCUAAGGAAACCCUUCGUUAUUGGGCCACCCAACCCUCCGUCGAAGUCAAGGACUCCGCCGCCGUGAUGGUUUUCCGAACUUCAAUGGUUAAGAUGGUGAGUGAAGAUUCAAGUAAAUUACUAACUGGGGGUCUCACAAAGAAGUUCACAGGACUCCUUGGAGGCUUUCUCACCUUGCCUAUUAAUGUUCCUGGCACCACCUACAACAAAUGCAUGAAGGACAUGAAGGAAAUCCAAAAGAAGCUAAGAGAAAUUCUAGAGGGCAGAUUGGCUUCAGGAGGAGGAAGUGAUGAGGAUUUCUUGGGGCAAGCCAUUAAAGAUAAGGGAUCACAACAGUUCAUUUCAGAUGAUUUCAUCAUCCAAUUAUUGUUUUCUAUAAGCUUUGCUAGCUUUGAGUCAAUCUCCACCACUCUUACUUUGGUUCUCAACUACCUCGCCGAUCAUCCCGACGUUGUCAAAGAGUUAGAAGCCGAGCAUGAAGCCAUUAGAAACGCUAGAGCUGACCCAGAUGGGCCAAUUACUUGGGAAGAAUACAAAUCCAUGACUUUCACUCUUCAUGUCAUCUUUGAAACACUUAGGUUAGGGAGUGUAACACCGGCCUUGUUGAGGAAAACAACCAAAGAACUUCAAAUAAACGGAUACACAAUCCCGGAAGGAUGGACAGUAAUGCUCGUUACGGCUUCUCGUCACAGGGACCCAGCUGUUUACAAGGAUCCCCAUACCUUCAACCCAUGGCGUUGGAAGGAGUUGGACUCGAUUACGAUUCAAAAGAACUUCAUGCCAUUUGGGGGAGGUUUAAGGCAUUGUGCUGGUGCUGAGUACUCUAAAGUCUACUUGUGCACAUUCCUCCAUAUCCUCUUCACUAAGUAUAGAUGGACCAAGCUUAAGGGAGGAAAGGUUGCAAGAGCUCAUAUAUUGAGCUUUGAAGAUGGGCUACAUGUCAAGUUCACUCCCAAGGAAUGAUUGAAUAUAAUGGAAGGCUUAAACAAAAAAUGCCAUCGUUUAUCGUCGUAUUGCUAGUUGUACUACGUUUAUCGUCCACGUUUCAAUAAAGCUACGUCUUUUUUUUGUCAA